CAUGUACAAGGCCAUCACCAUGUCCAGGCAAUAUACACAAGAUGUCUUGUGCUGGCAACACUGUGACAAACUCACUAACAUCCUGUGUUUCUCAGUCCCAUCUGUUUGUCCUCUUUGUCACCAGAACACUGCCCACUCCCCCAGUCGCAUACCCCCUUACAAGCUCCCCUCCCCCUUCAACAGAGCAGGGGACUUCCCAGUGGCAUUGGUUGUUAAACCAACAUUAGGCACUUUUAUCAGGGAUUAUGACAAUUCUGUCAAUCUUCAUAUAGGAAUAACAGAUACAAAUGGAACCGUGUAUGAUUAUGAUGAGGAUGGUGUACAUGUGGGGGUGUCUGGUUGGGAGGAGUGUCUGGUAAUCCCCCUGUCUAACCGAGGCCUAAUGCCACACAUCUAUCAAGUGUGGGAUGCCACACUCAAUCAUCAAGCCCAGUCUAACAUAUGGACAAAAUCCAAGUACAUUGAGGACAGUCACAACUGCUUUGACUUUGUUAUUAACUUUUUGAAACAAGUAGGGUUCAGCAGAGAGAAUCUGUCUGCUGAGAGCAGAAGUUCAUUGACCCGUGACAUUAUACUUCCUCAGAUGUCAAAGGUCACACAAUACAUUACAUUGUACAGGAAUGUGGAGAGGAAUUCAUUUGUGUGUCAAGAUGUCCAGACUUAACAUCUCACCAAAUAGGAUGUACAUAUGUAAAUAUGUAUAUCUCAUUUUAUUGUAUAGCUACAUGUAUUAUGGUACAAAAGAUAUGAUAUUUUGGUUGUGGAUACGUGUACAGUACAAAUCUUAAUGAUCACUCAGUAUUAACAAGAUUGUAUUGAAUGUGAUGGAUUAUGGCCACAUAUCUUUCAUGCAUUAUAUAUAUGUAGAAUAAACAGGAUUUUGCGUUAGAGGGGGCGCUAUUAGAUGACAAGGCCUUCAGGAGCAAAGGACAAUUUCCUAGGGGGAUGAAGCCUCCCCAUAAGCUCAUGAGAAUCAGCAAUUAGAGAACCUUUUUUAAACACAUAAAUGACUAAAAUUUUACCUUUAUUUCAUUGAUGUAUAUUGGUGAAAACUACUAACAUUGAAUUUUUUCUGGAUUAUAGCUGUUAUAUUUCUUAAUUAUGAAUGCUGUAAAAAUCAAAAUGAAGCCUCUCUCAAAAAUUGACAAAACUGGUAUAUUGCCAGAACAGGUAAAAAAUGGUUACUCUGUUCAGUGAAAUUUUUGCCCCCUUUGCCGUUGUCACAAGUAGGCAGAUUCAAAGUAAACAGCAUUAUCUCUUGAAUGCAACAGUGUCUUGGUGAAUUUAAAAUGGGACAAAAUUGUUUGCAUGUGUGAAGGGCGAAAAUAACAUGGGGUGAAAAUAACUCUAUACAGCAUUUUGUACAUUAGGAAAUAUUGUAUUGGUAAUAGGACUUAAAUUGUAAAAUAAGAGGAAGAUUCUGAUACAUGUAUUUGUGUUCUUAUGGACUGAGGUGCUGGCAUCUCUGUUUUUUUUUCUUUUUUGAUAUUAAUCCACAUUAUCUCUCGGUUAAAACAAGUCACCUCCUUUCUGAAGAGGAGGAAAAGCAAAUGAAUGUUUUUUUUAUUUUAUAUCUAUUAUGUUUUUAUUUCUGUGAUAAAAUAAUUUACUACAUGUAGUUCUUGAAAAUAAUAAAAAAUGUAAAAUUAGUGCAAACACUACUUGGAACUUGUGGUUAUAUUAUUGGAUGUCUUGGAAAUAGUGAUUUUUUAUAUGAAUGUGCAUGAACAUCACUUUACAAGGAAGAUUAACUCUUGAAACUAUGGCUUUAAGUGUAUGUGAAAAGUAUCUUUAGUAAUUGAUGCUUCUUUUUAUGAUAAGUAAUAUUGUUCAACCAUUUGAAAGAAAAUGCUGAAAUUAAUAUAUUUACUUCUGUUUUGAAAGAAAUCAGAUCUUCUUCAAGCAUGUUACAUG